AUGAGCGCCGCGCUGGUGGGGUACAGCAGCUCCGAGGAGGAGCAGGAGCCCGAGGAGGAACGGGGGGACCGGGGCGGCGGCGCGCAGGGGCCGCCCGGGGCCAGCGCCGGCCGCCCCCGCCUGCCCGCGCCCGCCGGCCUGCCGGGAGACCCGGACCCGGAGGAGGCCGUGAGCGAUGACAGCUCCCGGCACGGCGGCCGCGUGCGCGGCUUUCCCCACGAGCGGGGCAACUGGGCCACGCACGUCUACCUGCCCUACAUUGCCCAGGAGGAAUUCCUGGAGCUGCUGGAGCUGCUGGUGUCCCGCGCCCGCACCUACGUCCCGUCGCUGGCUGCCAUGGAGGAGUUCCACCUGAGCCUGUCGCAGUGCGUGGUGCUGCGCUACCACUGGAUAGAGCCCUUCGUUCGCUCCCUCAGGGAGCGCCUGGCCGCCUUCCACAGAUUCUUCUGCGUGGCUGACCAAGUGAAGGUUUACACCAACCAGAACAAAACCAGGACCUUUAUUGGCUUGGAGAUCUCUGCUGGGCAUUUCCAGUUGCUGGAGCUGGUCUCAGAGGUGGACGGAGUUCUAGAGGAAUUUGACCUCCCCACAUUCUACAAGGACCCAUCGUUCCACAUCAGCCUGGCCUGGUGCGUGGGGGACCUGUCUGGCAGGCUCGAAGGGCAGUGCCUGCGGGAGCUCCAGGACAUUGUGGAUGGGUUUGAGGAGUCAGCAUUCCUGCUGCGCAUCCAAUGGGAGCAAAUCCGCUGCAAGUCAGGGAACAAGUACUUCUCCUUCCCCUUGAGCGUGUCUGCGGUGUUUGUGGCCUCGAGUUGGGCCAUUUCCAGUUUGAGCUGCUGGCUGAAGAAAAGCGUGUUUGUAGCAGAUUUCAUCCUCGCUGCUGGAUGUGCUGCAGUCAGCAUCGGCGAUUCCAGACAUCCCACGGUUGCUAAUUUUGCUGAUUUUUUAAAAACAAGAAAAAAAAAAAAUCUUCAAAAGCCAUAGAUGCCUUAUGGGAAGGAGGAAGAAGGUAGCGUGGGAAGCUGCUACUAAAGGGAGAGUGUCUCACGCAGUGGGAAGUAGCACUGCCAGAUUGUUGGGAGGCUUUGGGCAUGUUUUGAGUAGCAAGAGGCAAGGACGUGGAGCUGGAUCCUCUUCCCUGAGUGUUUUCCUACUGUGAGCCAGCUCGGACAAGCUCCUGAGUCAUGUUGUGUCCCUCUCACACUGCUGCUGCCUCUGUAGAGACAUUUCAGUGUCUGAUCCUUUUGCCAAACAACAAGAAUUGCUGCCAGGUGUGGCUGAGCCCUGGAAUGGACAGUGUGUCAGUGUUUGCCUGAGCUGGGAGGGCAGUGCCCACAGGUGAGUCAAGGGGUGGUGGCUCCUGCCCAGGCUCCACACUUCUUUCCCGUGUGAUCAGCACCCCAGGUGGAUGAUGACCCAGGGGGUCGCAGGCUGGACAUUGUCCCUUGGGAGAAGCUCCUUUUUCAUCCUUUUGUUCCUGCGGGUUGGUCGCUGCAACUUCUCAGGUAGCUGGAACAUCAUGUGAUGCCCUGAAUCUUUUAUUCCAUGUCUGUCCUGGACUUCUGAGCAGUAAAAACCUGUCUCCUCAUGUCAUAAAA